GAGGGUUCGCUGUAUCUGGAAUGCACGCAUCAUUUGCGUUGUUCGGAAGCGGAUCGUGCACGCUGGUUUGAGAUGCGUCGGCAUUCCAUGAAUUUAUUGCAACUGGGAAAUAUUGCGCGUGAAGACGGCUACAUCCUCCAGUUUGUUUCUCUGUGCUUGUUUGUAGUUUAA